AUGGAUCGCAUAUCCCUGCAUGGGUACCAAUUGCUCAACAUCGAACAUUUCUCGAUAGGAAGGGUCGAUAGGAAGGGAAAUAUAUCGCAAAAUAUUUUAGCAAUUUGUGAUUUUGAUAUGAAGUUCACAGAUAUACUUUCUGGUUGGGAAGGAUCAACAUCUGAUUCACAAAUAUUAGAUGAUGCUAUUCAUAGAGAAGGUGAGGCGAAGCUACCAGUUCCUAGAGGUAAAUUCUAUCUUGUAGAUGCAGGGUUUGCAAACCAGAAGAGGUUCUUAAGACCCUACCGUAACGUUCGAUACCACUUAAAAGAGUGGAGAAAUUCGAAUGUUUCACCUGUCGACAAGAAAGAAUUGUUCAACUUGUGUUAUUCAAGAUUACGUAACAUAAUUGAACGGGCUUUUGGACUGUUGAAGUCAAGAUUCAAGAUUUUGAAAACCCAACCAGAGUAUCCUUUCAAGACUCAGGCUAAGAUUGUACAAGCUUGUGUUAUGAUACACAAUCAUAUCCUUACCCAAAAUAGUGUUCAAGAAGAAGAGGAAUGGCUUGAACAGGAAAAUGCAAUUACAAGUGAGGAUACUAAUGAAGAAGCAGAAGACAGUGAUGAAGGUUCUGAUGUUGAUGAUGAAGAUAACUUUGAUGGAUCAAUUCCAAGAGGAGAUGGCUGA